UCUAUGUGAAGAGAACAAUGAUUAGCAUUAGCACAAAUUAAUAUUGCUGGCCUUUAAAAGAGCAGAAAUGUCAGAUGCUAUUUAUGAAGAUGUGAUCAGAACUGAGUCUGAGAGAAUGGAGAUGAUGGUGGUUACCUAUGAGAGUGCAGAUUUUGUGAGAGAUCAUGACGUCGGGACAGAGACGAACACACACCAACCACUACAGUGUGCAGGAAAUGAUUGUGUGAAGACCGGAAACUACAGAGCAGCUGUAGUAUGUUUGGGUCUGCUGUGUGUUCUUCUGCUGACUGCAGUCAUAGUGCUGUGUGUCAACAUCCAUACAAACAACACAAGCUGCACAGAAGUGACAAAACAGCUUCUAACCAAGAUCACCAACCUUACAGAAGUGAGAAACCAGCUACUAACCAAGAUCAAUAACCUCACAAAGGAGAGAAACCAGAUGCUGACCAAUACUACCAACCUCCCCGAUGGAUGGUUAUACUAUAAAUUUAGUUUUUACUACAUUUCCUCUGAGAAGAAGAGCUGGACUGAGAGCAGAAGAUACUGUACAGAGAGAGGAGCAGAUCUGAUCAUCAUAAACAACAGAGAGGAACAAAAUUUUUUUGAGACAGUGCCAGUUUCAAGAUUCUGGAUUGGUCUGACUGACAGUGAUGUGGAGGGUAGCUGGAAAUGGGUUGAUGGCAGCAACAUGACCUCUGGGUUCUGGACGUCUGGAGAGCCCAGUGGACAAAGAAAAGAGAACUGUGCUGUGUGUUAUCCAUCAGGGUGGCGUGACUAUCCAUGUAACACAGAUUUUAAAUGGAUCUGUGAGAAGAACAUUUUGGAAAGAACAUUUAUAUGUAAUGCUUAAUCACUUAAAGA